AUGGAGCCUUUACCAUUACCAUCAACUCUAGAUGAGGCCGAGUCGCUGAUCUUGGCUCUGUAUCAACCGGCUCCCCCCGAGGUCAUAGCGAGAACUCAGGAUGCUCUUCAGCGUCUUCAACGCUCCCCUGCAGGAUGGCAGUUUGCUCAUGGCAUGUUGGAGAGACCAGAUGAUCAGGUCAAAUUCUUUGGGGCCUUGACCAUUAUCAUCAAGCUCAAUACAGAGAGCUCGAAUCUGGCGGGUGAUGAUGCUAGACAGCUUCUGCAGAGCCUGCUUGGCUGGUUUAGUCGAUCCCUGACGGACGGAAGCGCCGCACUUGUAAUUCGAAAGCUGGCAUCUGCUCUGAAUGUGCCUACCUCCGAUCUCACCUCGAGCCUUUCCGAGACCAGCUUCUUAGCAGCUAUCUGGUUCGUCACGGUGCUCGUGGAGGAAGUCGCGAGAACGGAGAUGAAAUCACAAAAGAGCUCGGGAGUACAUGACUAUCUCAUCCGAAACGGGGAGGACGUAGCGGUCCUCCUCGCCCAGGGAUUCUCGAUCACGUCUCCUUCAGGCUUGAAAAUCCGCGAAGAAACUAUCAAGUGCUUGCAGUCUUGGGUAAUGUAUGAGCAGAGGCUGCCACCCAGUGAGGAUGCGCUGAAGACGCCCCUGCGAAAUCUCAUACUUCCUGCCCUGCAAUGCAUACAAGUUGAGGAGUUGUCAUUGCCGACGAUGGAGUUAUUCAUCGAUAUCCUGCAAAACUAUUCCGGUUUUCUGAGGGAUGAGCAUUACGAGGCUUUGUUCGCCUUUUUCGAAAGUGACUGGUCCAGAGAUCAUUACAUGCAACUGGUUGCAGGUGAUUUCGACUUUGCGCUGACCCAGUAUGGCGUAAUGCUGAUCUGUGCUGGCGAUGCAAAAAUCAUGACUCUCAUGGAAGAUAUGGGAGACGCGUCACAAAGAAUGCUGCAGAGGCUAUGCGGCCUUCUCAACUGCAACGGCGUCCUGGUCGGAGAGGACAGGAUCUUUGUACCUGCUCUGGAAUUCUGGGCAACAUUCGUCGAGACGCUGACUGACACCGUCUUUAUGGAAGAGGCUGCAACAUACAGCUGGCUGCCCUUCGCGAUGAGCCAGGUCAUGGAUGCAGUUUCGCAUUGCUAUCGCAAGAUCCAACUCAUCGAGGCCACCUCGUGGAGCGAGAUGGACUCCAAUGACAGGACCGGGUGGAUAGAGGCAAGGAAAGACGUUGCAGACUUCCUGCAAGCUGUCUAUGCCCUGGAGGGUAGAUCUCUAGUGAGCAAUUUCGUCGGAUUGCUACUUCACUCUCUUUCAGCCCGAGACUGGGCACAAAUUGAGGCUGCCCUCUUUUGCCUGGGGGCAUUGAGCGACUGUGUCGGGGACAGCGGCAAUUGCGAUGAAGAAUUGCACAAAGUCUUUUCCUCUGAGCUCUUUCAGCUCGUCAGUCCUGGUCCGGCGCGGUCUGAAAUACCGCCUCGACUGUUGCAGACAAGCUUGUCUACCAUCGAACGAUAUUCAGACUUCUUCGAGCGCCACCAACAAUACUUGGCCGCGGCGCUCGAGCUUCUCUUUAGUGUUGUCGGCGAGGACGGGCUCCUUGGUGGCUCUUCUUCCAAGUCCAUUAUGACACUAUGCUCUUCGUGCCGAUCCCUGCUCAAGGAUCAUGUCGAGGCCUUCCUUCAGCAUUUCCAUCGGAUACAUGGCUUAGGCAUUGACUCGGUGUCUGAAGAGAGGAUCAUGACGGGCAUCGCCUCCAUCAUUCAGGCCAUCCCGCAGGAGGACCGCAAGCUCGAGUACCUCGAGCAGCUUAUUUCAUUGCUCAACGCUGAUGCACAAAAAUGCCUUCGGCUGAAGAACCAGCCAGAGAGUGCAGAUGAGCCGGACAUGAAACCUUGGCUGGAAACCAGGCUGCGUAUGGAUCUAGCAGCGCAAAAGAAUGCGCCAGCAUCUGCUGAUGAAGCCUCUUUACUGAUCACAGAAAGAGUACUCAGGCUGAUGGCAAGCAUGGCCAGGGGGGUGCAGAGCUUGUCCGAAGGGCCUAUCGAUCUGGACAAGCCGGAGACCAUCUCACUGGAACCCAGAAAUGAGCGCCUUGUGAUCAUCCAGAAUCACACCAUGGCAGUCAUUACAGGGCUAUACCAAGCCUUUGGGCAGAGCGGAGAAGUGACUGAGACCGUAUGCAACAUCUUUAGAGCAGGAUUCUCCGAGACUGAAGAUGGGCCCUUUGUCUUUUCUCCAGACAGUGUUGUCGAUUUCUUCACUCGCAGUACUGCAGCUACCAACCCCAGAAUAGGUAUCAUGAUCAGCACAGCAUGCUCGUUCGUGAGCUCCCUGGGCAGCCGCUCCAAGGCUCAGAUCCUGAGCUGCCUUUCAUCUCUACUUCCAUGGGUGUUGGGGCUCCUGAGAGAACUUUCUGAUCCGGAUAGCGACCCCGAUCUCGCACAAAAUGGCAUUGAAUUUGUCCACCACGUCAUGCUACGAUACCCGGAAGCGCUUUUGCAAGUCCAGCCAAGUACAGAUCUAGAGUUCUUCUUCAUGUUUGCCUUAACAGUGCUUGAUGGCAAAGAACUGCUUCUCAAGGGAAGUGCCUGCGACUUUUGGUCAGGCUUUGUGACAAUCAAAGUCGAUGAUCCAGCCAUACAGGCCGGUUUUGAAAACGCGAUCGAACACCUCGGGCCUCUACUGGCCCGCUCACUUGUCCAAAACAUUGGUGGCAACGCAUCCCGUAGCGAGCUGGAUAAACUGAGUGACCCUCUUAAGAAGCUUGUUUUCCAGCAUCCGCGGGCGAAGGGGUGGCUGGAGGCUACCCUGUUCGAUCCAGCAUUCCCCAGCACUCAAGUGACGGACGCGGACAAGUCCAUGUUUCUGAAGAAGAUCAUCAAUCUUCGAGGAUCACGUCAAACAAAUACAGUGGUGAGAGAGUUCUGGUUGGCGUGCAGGGGCUCUAGCUUUGCGUACGCAUCGUGAUGGCGCAUAGAAGAGCAUCGACGGCGUCGUGUGUUGGGUUUUUUGUUGGGCGUUAGGAUAGAUAACAGAACUUGGAUGCAAAUCGAUAUCGG